AAUUGAAUGGCCUUUGACAAAAUGCAGGCAGUCCGCCUCUUUCCACGGUUCCCUCUCCUUAACAGUACUUUCAACGCACCUUUGCAUCGAUUGGCUACUCUUACCUUGAGUAAUCAAGCGGAACAAAACCGAUCAUACCGUCGACAUACCUUUGACACCCUCAACCAUAGUACUGGACAGGGUCGAUCUGUGCGGGUCACCGCUGCAAAUCCUACACAAGCGUAUUUCAAGCUUCGUGACAUCAUACAAGAAUCACGCUUGAAUGAGCUGGUGAGAUCUCAGGAGAGAUUUGAGCGGAAUACAGAUAAACGGCGGAGAAAGAGGAAGGAAAAGGAGUGGCGAACUUACAUGCGCCAUGUGAAGAAACAGGUGCAGAUUGCAUUCGAUCUGCAGAAUAGGACGAAGAUCGAGAAGGAGACCUAUAAAGACAUCUAAAAUGGUUAAUGUGGUGAUGGAUGCUUGAGAAAGUCCUGAUUUGACGAAGUCCAGCAGACUUCAACAAUAGCACAAGCAUCAUCACUGCGUGACUCUUCUAUUUAGAAAUACUACCAGGGCUAUGUAGCUUGUUAGAAGGCGCUUUCUACGGGCAGGGGUGCUGUGGUGUACACGGUGCAAACGAUAUCAUGAUUUAUCUAGGCAAAUGGUUACUUUUAGAAAUAGUUGUAUGUGGUGCACCUUGCCAUUGGGGUGGGUUGCCAGGCCCUGGCUCUCCGUUCGCGAAACCCAUGUGUAAUCAUUAAUUGCCAACUCUCAAUUUGAAUGUAUUCAACAUGAC